UUACAUAGCAGUAUAUUAGUUUCACUUUAGUGUGGAAUAGUGUGAAUCUUGAGAUGCCAAAGUAUGUUUGAGGAGUCCUCAACAUAGUCUUACAAUUUCAAUGCAAUAUACAUUGUAUCUACUCAUUCUGAAGAAUUGUGGUCUGCACAACACUGUUUUCCAAUAAAUUUCUAACAAAUUCGCCACGAAAGUUUUCCUUGUAGUUUGAUUGAAUGCAUUGUAGGAGUACAUUACAUAACUGGAAACUGCCCACUACUGAGUCCUUCAGCCUGUAUAUAAACAAUAUACAUAGAUGACAAUUAGAAAUCACAUUUAUUUCGUAAAAUGUUUAUUACUGUAUAUCUAGUGCUUGGAUGACCAGAUAUUCGUAGAAAUUUUUCACUCUCAAUGAAUAGUGAUUUCAGCAGUUCGUUCCAGUUUUUCGAACAAUGCUUACCAAACUCACCAUAAAAGAAUUUCUUGUACCAGAAGAUUGAUUAAAUGCAUUUAAAUUACAUAAAUGGUGGAUAAAAUAACAUUGUAUUCCCAUCAUUGAGCUGGAAUUGGUCACCAUCCACAGUUCUUCAGUCUGAAGAUGAAAAAAUACAUAGAUGACACUUAUGGCGAUCAGAAUUUUUGAAAUGUUUAUGCCGGUCCAGAAAUUCCUUGAAAUUUGUCAUUUUUGAUGAUAAGGGGUAAAUUACGUAAAUGGUGGAUGAAUUAUUAAUUCAUUCCCUUCAUUGAGCUUGGAAUUGGUUACCAUCCAGAGUUCUUCAGUCUGUAGAUGAAAAAAUACAUAGAUGACACUUAUGGAGUUCAGAAUAAUUUUUUAAAUGUUUACGCUCGUGCUUGGAUGUCUAGAAAUUCGAUGGAAUUUGCCGUUUUUUAUGAAUAGUAGUCAGUUCCACAUUUUCUAUAAUGGAUAACAUAGAAGAUUCCAAUGAAGAACAUCUAGAAAAAAUUGAGGACAAAAGAACCAGACUAGAGUCAGAUGAUGGAGAGUUCGAUGAAGAAUUGGCUCUUCCCGAUCCUAUAUCAAUAAUAGAUAUUGGAGAUGGUCCAGUUGCUAUAGCUCUCUCUGAUGAUGAAAUUGAAACAUUCAGUAAAACUGGAAGAUCAUUUAGCACAAUUCAUAAUAAGCCAGUUAAAUUCAGUUCAUUCAGCAGAGAAGUUUUCAUACCUGGUGAAGAUAUACAAGUCAGUAUUAUUCAUUCUGAGAGAAAUUUCACCACACAUCUCUUGAAUCCAAAUUUAUACACCAUUUCUCUUACACAUGGUCCCUUCACAUGGGAAAUCAAGAAACGCUACAAGCAGAUUCAGAAUCUUCACCAGCAGCUAGUUAUUUUUCGUACAAGUUUAAAUUUUCCCCUCCCUACAAAAACUCAUAAAAAUAAACGAAACUAUGCAAAAGAUCCAAAAAUGAAUAAGGGAGGAAAAAAGAAAAAACGUUCACUGCCUAGGUUUCCUAAAAAACCCGAAGUCUUAGUAACAUAUGAUAAAUUAGAAUCUAGGCAGAGACAAUUAGAAGAUUAUCUAAACAAUUUGUUAUCAAUAAGAAUCUAUAGAAACCAUCCUGCAACAAUAGAAUUCCUAGAAACAUCUCGAAUAUCAUUCGUAACAGGUCUUGGCAAGAAAGGAAAAGAGGGUAUGUUGAAGAAAAAAAACGGAAGUACUGUUCCAGGACAAUCUGGAUGCAACUGCUUUGGUCUCAUUAGUUGCAUGUGUUGCAGGAGGUGCCAAAUCAUAAAGGAUCAAAUAUUCUGCUCAAGAUGGUCCGAAAGAUGGUUUUUUGUCAAAGACACAUACUUCGGUUACAUAAAUCCGAAUGACGGUAGAGUGAAUGCUGUUAUUUUAUUCGAUCAGGGAUUCGAAGUUGGUUCAGGAAUGUAUUCUGUAGGUUUACAUAUGGGUUUUCAAAUAAUUACAAUGAGCCGACAAAUCAAUUUUAAAUGCUGGACUAAAAGAAAAUGGAAAGAAUGGAUUGAAGCUCUCAAAGAAACCGCAGGAGGUACUGCAAGAGAUUUUGUCAUGUCCAAUCGACAUAGGUCAUAUGCGCCAGUUAGAAAAAGUAUAACAGCAACUUGGUUUGUAGAUGGAAAAUUAUUUAUGUCGUCAGUAGCAGAUGCUUUAGAACAUGCUAAAGAAGAAAUUUUCAUCACUGAUUGGUGGUUGAGUCCAGAAAUUUAUCUGAAAAGGCCUGUUAUUGACGGACACUUUUGGAGACUCGAUAAUGUACUCAAACGUAAAGCAAAUCAAGGUGUUAAAAUUUUCAUACUUUUGUAUAAAGAAGUGGAAUUGGCUUUAGGUCUCAACAGCUACUACAGUAAGCAAACUCUAACUCAUGAAAAUAUUAAAGUGCUGAGACAUCCCGAUCACGCCAAAGUAGGUGUUUUCCUAUGGGCUCAUCAUGAAAAAUUGGUAGUCAUUGAUCAAAAUUAUGCUUUUGUUGGAGGAAUUGAUUUGUGUUAUGGCAGAUGGGAUGACGAAAAGCACAGAUUAACCGAUUUAGGUAGUAUAAACGCCAAGUUAGAUACUACACAAAGAAAAAAGAAAACAUCGAGUACCCCGGAAGGAGGAAGAAUCUAUCCGAUUCCAAAACCUGUGUACAGUCAAACACGAGUUGCUGUUACGAAACCAUCUACUCCAGAAGAAGAUAAACCAGAUCCAUUGGAGACUCCUACUGUAGAACCCGGUGAUAACUUACUUCAGCCACCAACACUCGACAGAAAAAAAUGCAAUACUCCCGAGCCAGAAAGAAAAAACGUUUUAGUUAACCUGAAAAAAACCAUGAAAAAAGGGAGAAAUCUUAUCAAUUUGGCUUACAGCCCGAACGAAACUGAUCAAUGUCACCAAAACGAAAAUGACGAAACAGAAGAUGAAGUAGAAGAUUUGUUGGAUGGUUCGACAAAGCUUUGGAUUGGCAAAGAUUAUGUUAAUUUUAUUGUUCAAGAUUUCAAUAACUUGGACAAACCGUUCGAUGAUUUUAUUGAUAGGUAUACUACCCCUAGAAUGCCUUGGCACGAUAUUGGUACGUGUGUGGUUGGUAAGGCUGCUAAAGAUAUAGCAAGACAUUUUAUACAUCGAUGGAAUAAUACGAAAUUAGAAAAGGCGAAAUUCAACGAACAAUAUCCCUAUUUAUUGCCUAAAAGUUAUGACGAAUUUAAAUCUUUGCCAAUCAAUAUGCCAAAUGGUUGUUAUGAAGUAACUUGCCAAGCUCUAAGGAGUGUAAGUACUUGGUCUUGUGGUUUUUUAGAACCAGAUACCGUCGAACAAAGCAUUCACGAAGCAUACAUUCAUAGCAUCACAACUGCCAAACAUUAUAUCUACAUUGAAAACCAGUUUUUCAUCUCAUUGUCUUCUAACAACCCUAAUACUCAAAAUAGAAUAGGGGACGAAUUAUACAAGAGGAUAAUACGAGCUUACAAGGCUAAAGAAGUAUUCAGAGUUUAUGUUGUUAUUCCGCUCUUACCUGGAUUUGAAGGUGAAGUUGGAGGAACUUCCGGAACUGCUCUCCAUGCAAUAACACAUUGGAAUUAUGCUUCGAUAUCCAGGGGUAAAGAUGCAAUUUUGACUCGUUUAAAGGCAGCCGGCAUAGACGAUCCAUCUCAAUACAUCACAUUUUAUGGAUUGAGAAAGCAUGAAAUAUUAAAUGAUGAACCCAUUACUGAACUGAUAUAUGUUCAUUCGAAGUUGAUGAUUGUGGAUGACAUACUUGUAAUUUGUGGAUCGGCAAAUAUAAACGAUAGGUCACUAAUUGGAAAAAGAGAUUCAGAAGUGGCAGUUCUGAUCGAGGAUGAAACAUUCGAGGAUGGACUAAUGAACGGACAACCUUAUAAAUGUGGAAAAUAUGCGGGAAGCCUUCGAAAAUACCUGUUCAAAGAACAUCUGGGUAUUCUAGGAAAGGAGUCUGAAAAUAUCAACCUUGAUGUUACCGAUCCAGUUGUUGAAUCCUUUUACAAAGAUAUUUGGUACAAUACUGCAUCGUUGAAUACUGAACUUUAUGAGAAAGUGUUUCAUUGUCUUCCAACGGAUAAGGUAGAAACUUUUGCGCAACUGAAGGAAUAUAAACAAGAGGAGCCGUAUUACACAAUCGAAACAGCCAGGGCUGAAAAAAUGUUGGAUACCAUUCAGGGCCAUAUAGUUUUACUACCUCUGAAUUUCUUAUCUCAAGAGCUUUUAACACCUUCGCCAAAUUCGAUGGAGGGCAUGAUGCCCACUGCACUUUGGACAUAAAACCCAAUUUGCAGUUAUAAUUUAAUUAAAAAAAAAACACACAAUUCAUUUCCACGCAUUUUUUAAUUCAGUCAGUCCAUACGAACAAUCCAGACAUUCUAAUAAUUAACAAACAGUAUUAAUUGUUGAAAAAAACUGAUUCAUUCAGAUAUUUUUAUAGGAUCUUCAGGGACCACCAUUUUAACAAAUUUUUAACUCGUUUUUAAUAUAUGAACACAUUGUUUCUUGUUUUUUAUAAUUUAUUUAUAUAUUUACAUUACUCAUAAUUUUUGGACAGUUGUUAUAUCUAUUAAUACUUUUGAAGGUUGUUUCAGUGAUAAGUGAUAAUUAUUUUCAUCAGCUUUCAAGUCGAUAUUUAAUUAAGCAAUUACUUACUUAGUUUUAAGUUGAAAACAGUAUAAGUAAAGCCUUUGUGCAGUAACAGUUAAUGCAAAAUAGAAAUUAUAUACCUUAUUAUUGUCAAUUGUGUACUCAUUUUUUCUAUUAUUUAUUUAAAAUAUUUUAUGUUUUAUAUUUAAAAUAUGUUGGUGUUUGUUUUAGCUCAAUAAAGUUGAUAUUUGCAAUUUUGAAA